AACGUCGGUUAGCCGGUAUAUAGGAUAUUCGGUCAUGCUGUCCGUAUUCCGUGAUACAUCGGGAAUUUUGCAAAAUUGCCUUGUUUGGAAUGAUUUUCCUCGUGAUUUUACCAGUAGUGUUAUCAGUAACAAAACCAUUUUGAUCGUGCUUUUUAAAAACCAGCAACCCUGUGCCAAAGCCGUUUAAACAGCAUGCAUAUCAGUUAAUUUUCAAAACAAAAAAUCUAACAAUUUAUGCUAAUUUCGGUAAUGCCACAGGGGCAAUAGUACUACAAAUCAUUUCCUAAUCUUAUUCGAUAAUACGGAUCUGCCAAAUCGUUAUAUCUGUUUGCCAAGUGUAGCUCUGAUUUUUAUAAUUUUAUGCAUAAUAAAGAGUGAGCGGAGGCGUUUUUUUGUACCGAAAAUUGAUAUUACGGAUACAAAAAUGCGAUUUUCGGUGUUGUAUUGGAUGGGAUUCUGCUUGUGGAGCGGUGUCGCCGGUCACUAUUCUCGCCGGAGUCUGGAAGGUUCCAAUAUCUGCGAAGUACAGGAAAUUGUACCGGAAACGGAGACAGUAGCCACUGCGAAAAAGGUCCAAGUGGCAUACAAGACCUGGUGUAUGAGCAUUCCGCCCACAUGUACGGCGUACAAAACCGAAACCCGAAUCGAAUACACCAAUAAGACGCGUAAUGUCACCAAGAUGAUCAAGAAGUGCUGCGGCGGAUAUGUGCAGCAGAACGGUACCUGCACACCUUUAUGUUCAAAAGCGUGUGUUAACGGGCAAUGCGUCGCACCGAACAGUUGCCAGUGCCGGGACGGAUUCUCCGGUGAUACCUGCAAUCAAACGUGUCCGAAUGGCCAAUGGGGCGCACAAUGUCAGAACACGUGCCAGUGUCGACACAACGCCACAUGUGACCCGGCGAAUGGCCAGUGCAACUGCCCCGAUGGAUGGCAGGGUCUGCACUGCGAUCAACCCUGUCCGUUUGGUCGAUACGGCAAGAUGUGCGCGCAGGCGUGUCGCUGCCAAAACGCCGGGGUGUGUCAUAAGGAAACGGGAGCCUGUCUGUGUCGCAACAGAUUUUGUGGAGCAUUGUGCGAGAGACCAUGUCCCGUCGAGGAACGCCGCGAUACCACCUGUGAUCGGUGUCAGAAUGGCGGUUUCUGUCGACCCGGAACGGAGAAAUGCUCCUGUUCAGCGGGAUGGACGGGCGAAGUGUGUGCUCGUCCGUGUGACGACGGUUUCUACGGCGCCGACUGCGGUUUCUCCUGUUGGCCAUGUUACAACGGUGGAAAGUGUGAUGCAGUCAGCGGCAAAUGCCGGUGUCCCGCCGGGUAUACUGGCGUCCAAUGUGAGAAACAGUGUGAACCUGGACAUUACGGACCGGACUGUCAGAAGAAAUGCCAGUGUGCCAAUGCGGUCUCGUGCGAUCCUUUCAACGGAACAUGCCGGUGUAAUUACGGGUAUUCUGGAGAGAGAUGUGAUCAGCGUGCAUGCCCUGAGGGACUGUUUGGCAAAUUCUGCAACAACACCUGCGCAUGCAGCAACCAUACCAUCUGUCAUCCAUUUGACGGUACAUGCAUGUGCCGUCCGGAUGCGGUGCAGUUAGGAGGACCCACUUGCUCUGUCUGCUGUAUCUUGCAAGGCGACAAGCCCGACUGCCACGAGAAGUGUGCAAACAGGGAUAAAUGGGUGUGUGCGGAGGAACUGGGAGAGCGCUGUAUUUGCCUCCCAGGAUACGCUGGGAGUGAAUGUGUUGCAGCUUUUUCGGCUUCUGAAGCGGAAGUCGCAAGCAGUCUCGCUGCUCCGCAAUCGCAAAGCGCCAAUCGGUCAUCGACGAUGGACACCCAAACGAUCCUUCUGAUUGGACUGGUUGCUGGCGGCGUCGUAUUGCUAAUAAUUGUGGUGGCACUUAUUAUCCGCUGUCGACGUGCACCCAAAUCCCAACGGGAAACCCUCAGUGUGGGUUUCACUAGUUCAGCGGGUGGCGGGAACGGCGUGAUCCACCAUUUUGACGAUGCCCAUCCUGUCGAGAAUCCUGCGUACUUCAGCGACCCAUCGCACAUUAACAACCAACCGCUGCCGAGAAUUCCCCUUAACGGCACCGUUGUGGAUCUGCCGGAAAAACGCCAGGAAGAUCCGACGUACCAUGCGUACGAAAGUGUGCAUUACGCGGGCGAACCUCUCCAUGGCCCGAUAAAUCGCCCCGCCGGUUUUGUACCAGUGGCAGCCUUCGAAAACCGACUGUACAGCGCACGGCACGGUGUGGCCCCGCCCAGCUAUGCUACAGCGAUUGCGCAGAGUGCCGAAGAGGAAGCGCUUUUGGAGUUCGAUUAAUAUACCUCGCUGAUCUUUUCAUGCACCAUUAAAAAAUUGCUACUUGUUUGCACGAACGAACGGAUUUCCUUCAUUUUUGUGAUUUGUUUGUUUGCUCAAUUAACGCUAUGUUUUGACGUAAACUUGCAUGCUAUGUAAUUCUUGCGCAGUUACCAGGGUGGUUACAGUAGCGCCUGUUUUUCAUAGUUACGCGUAGGAAAGCACUUUUAACCCUUAUUAUAGCCGUGAUAGUGGUACCGACCACCAAUACUGUAUUUCAAAAACAAGGAAAAGCUUCGCUACUU